AUGAGGAAGAAAGACUCAGUCCAGGAGCCAGAAAGGAUCGGCAGACCACCAGAUAACAGAAGAAUCGAUCGUUGGGUCAUGGAACAGAAUUACGAUGGCAAUGGAAAUCUCACACAUCGGCCUUUAGACACACAACUCCAAGGGCAGGAUGGCUCGCCCAGUCAACGACCAAAAGAUAGGGGAUCCUCUCAUUCAAUGCAGCCGCUAGCAAGCGAAGGUCAAGCAGCUUCCGAAGACUCCAGCAAUAACAGCGACAAUCAUUCAAAACCAUUGUCUGCGGAGGGCGAAGGAGGCAACCGAUCGCGCAGAAUGCUUUUUUCCCGCCCAGAGAUCUAUGCGCAAGACAGUCCAGCCCUUCCUGCCAUUCAUGUCGACCCGCUGGAUCCCGAAGAUCAGAUAAUACACAUGUCCUUGCCAGCCAGUGAUGAUCUCGAGCACGAGCUAGAGGAGUUUUCAAGGUUGCGGAGGCUGGGGCGCUUCAGCGACGCUUUCAGUCUGUUCGACAAACGGGCCAGUCACUUCUUGCACAACCGAUACAUCCGAGUCCAGUACGGCCAGUGUCUAUUCGAAGCUGGAGAGCUGGGACGGCUGGCUGAGCUGGCCAAGGAAUGGGAGCCGAAACGGUACUCUGCUUCAGUCGACGCUCUGGGUGCCCUCUGGAUGUUCCUCGCUUGGGAGGCCGAGGCAGUAACGCUUCAACUGUGGGAAAGAAGGUCUUUUCUCGAGGCUGCCCUUUACAUGAUCCACGAAGCCUGGCCAAACCUCGACUCAACCGAAAUGGCUCUUCUUGGAUGCCUCUACCGUCAAGGAGUCAUUUCACCAGCUGGUCCUUUUUUGUCCGAUGACUGGAUUGACCUUUGCGAGCAUCUGGUAGAGGAUAGCAUGAUCUGGGAGUUUCGCGACCUUGUACAGUGGCUGGUAGAGGUGCUCGAUUGCGGUGAGCUCGUGGAGCAGGUGUGCCAGAGGUGGCUGGCUGACGGCGGUCGUCCCGAAAACCAAGACGACUCGACCCUGCUUGCCCUCUUGGACAUUCUCGCAACGCUGAGCCUGACACGCAUGAAGAAGAAGGAAGAAAAGACCAAGGCCGAGACAUGCUUCCAGCUUGCCCACCAGUAUGCCCUGGAGCUGAUGGCGCGGGACGAGACGUAUGCCAAGUCACAACCGAACCUGCGGUGGAUCAUGACGAAUGUGAUCAGAGAGGAUCCCCAGGGUUUCCAUUCCCGUGACAAAAUCACCCUUGACCAAACCGGCGGUUCGGGGCUCUUCCGAAGCCCGCUGACAUUUCCAUCUUUCUUCCCCCCUAUAUUUGUGCCUACGGAGGACGAGACGGCCGAGUGGGCGCCCAGGUCCUAUGGGGUUACAGGGGGCUCCAGUGAGACUGUUCAAAUGGUUCUACGCGCUGCCGAAAAUCUGGGUGACCAGCGAUUCAAAGCUGGGUGUCUUGUGGAGCUGAUGUAUCGCGGCGCCGAGAGUCCAGGUGUGAUGGCAAAUGCACUUGUCGACCAUUGGACCAUGACAGGCAACAAAAAGGAGAAGAAAAAGAUGCACUUGUUCAGAUACAUGCUGGCGAAUACAGACUCGGCACACGAGCGGCUUAGACUCGAUAUUCUCGCCGAUGGACCAUUCCAUGACUCUCCCGUCUUGCAAUCGAAGCAGUACGGUAUACUACAGGCCCUUUCGAGUAGCGAAAAUGACAAGAGACGGUACGCCAAGCUCAUCGAGGGCGAGUUGGAGAGCAUCGAUGCUUUGCGGGAGAUGGCGGAUAGCAUGUCGAGGAUAUUGCGAGGUGGGCUUGCACGCCACGAAGGAGGGAACCGGCAGCAGCCCCACCCAGAGACAGACCAUGAGGCGGGUCCUGAGGCCACUCCGAUAACGCCCGACUAUGGGCAGACACUGGAGACCAUACAAGCACUGCGCAAGAAGCUCGCAGAAGAGGUCAAUGACAUGCGGCGUGUUCGGAGGAGUUUGGAGUUUGAGGUGAAGGAGAGUCAGAUGGCGCGGGAAAACCUGCAGCUCGAGAAGGAAAGGUUGAAGCUUGUCCUUCGGCAAUCCGAGGUGUCCAAGCCCGACGGCGGUGUCGACAACUGUACAGGCGCACGUAUCAGAGGUGAAAAGGGUGACGGCAAUAUUAGUGCUCAAGGCGAGAUGUUGGUGGCCGAGUCUGGGGAGUCACACACAGAAGCGCAUGAGAAGCAAGACUCGCAAAAGCCUGAACCAAAAAAGGUUGAGCUGGAGUCUGUAUCUGACCAGGAAGAAGGUGCGACGGGCUCUGGAGACGGCAAUGUCAGCAGGCUCAUGAAAGAGAUUGAGAGUCUCCGCAAAGAAAAGGCUGCUCUGAUGCAAGCAUUGGAACAACAGGCUAACAAUCUUGAGUUGACCCACGAGAGCUAUUCGGCGGUCGAAGCCAAACUCGUUCAGUACAAAGAAGAGCGAGACGCAGCACUGGCUGCAAUGAAUGAGAAGGGUCGAAGGGGUCCAUCAAGUUCCCUUGAAGAGUUUAUGAAGCAAAACGAAAGGGCAAAGCAAGAGAAUGCACGCCUUGGCCGACCAUCUUUUCAUCAACACAGCAGGCCCGCCGAUCAAACCGCAAGUACUGCCGAUACGUCGGCGAAUGAGCGGCGUCGACAAGAAGCUCUGUAUCCCAAGACGGAGAUGCUGCAUCAAAGGGCAGACCAUGAAUAG